AUGCCUACCACUGUUCUGAUCACAGGCGGAAACCGCGGUCUUGGCAAAGGGCUCGCAGCUACUUACCUAUCUACCCCAGACACCACAGUGAUAGCGACGGUCCGCGACCCAUCCAAGUCCGAGUCUCUUUCUGCUCUUCCUAAGGCCUCGGGAUCCAGCCUACUUGUUGUCAAGCUCGAAAUAACAUCUACGGACACCAUAACCGCGGCUAUAGACACGUUGAAGAUGCACAAUAUUGGUGCUCUCGACAUUGUCAUUGCAAAUGCCGGCAUCUCUGGGCCGACCCACAGUCUAGCUGAAGCACCCGUCUCUGAGCUCCAAAAGUACAUUGAUGUGAAUGCAUACGGCCCCUUUGAGCUAGUAAAAGCUGUGUUCCCUCUGCUACGACCUUCCAGUCCGGGGAAAAAGGCAAAAUUUGUCUACAUCUCGAGCGCCGGCGGAAGUUUGGCGGCCAUGUACAACUUCAUGCCUAUCUCCGCAUACGGGGCGAGCAAGGCUCUAGCUAAUUUCCUUUUCAAAUGGCUGGCGCUGGAUAAUAAGGAUGUGAUUAUUUGGGCACAAAAUCCUGGAAACGUGGAUACCGAUAUGGCUCGGGAUGGUCUAGAUCUCGCAAAGGGUUUAGGAUUCGAUCUGUCUUCACUGUCGUUCACCUCUCCCGAAGAAAGUGCGCGUGCGAUAAAGAAAGUGAUUGACGGUGCGACUCCGGAGAUGAGUGGGAAGUUCCUCGACCACGAUGGCUCUGAGUUGGCAUGGUAG